AUGCUAGGUUCCAGAAGUAGCUCGAUGUCUUUAUGUGAGGAUGGUGUAAGUGAUAUGAGUGAAAUGGAAGUUUCAGAUGAAGAAAGAUCUGUUGUAAAAAGAACAAUGACUCUGAUGGAGAAGAACGGCUAUCACGACUCCGUGUAUGUAAACGCAGCCAAGAUUUUUCAAGGCAUUCAUACUGAGAAGAGUAAGGAUCGAAUAUUGGUGCGGUAUAGUGAUCAUGCAGUAUCUCCCGUGCUGACUUUUAAAGAUGAGUAUUCUCAGUGUGUAUCUUACGAACUGGCUUUCAAUGCUCUCAAAUAUCAAGAUUUUCUUGAAGAAUUAUUGUUAGAUGCUUCUGUUUACCCAUGCCAGUCAAUACCAGAUGAAUUAACCAGCUUGCUUGUUGUGAUGCUUUAUGACCUACAAGACUGAAAGUUUCAAGCACGACAGAUACUUGAUGAAGAAGAACCUGUAGCAGAGGUUCAGAAAGUAGAGCGUUACCUAUACAGUUUUAGGACCAAAUUGGCAGCUGCAUUAGCAAGAUGUCGCAUCAAACAUGACGCUAUUUCUAUUGAAUACAUUCUACCAGAAACCUUACGGAAGCAGGAACAAAGGGCAUCUGCUUUGCCUUUAUGUGUUUGGGUAAACACAUUUAAAAUCAGCCUUGAAGAUGUUUUCAGAGAUUUGAAGGAGGGAUUCACAAGAGUUGAAUCUGUGUCAGGCCUCGACGGUUACACAUACUGUGUGGACCAACAUUGCCAUGAUGCAUUGUUUUUUUCUUCCUCUCUUAAAGAAGAACUGCUUCAUUUAGACCUUUUUGCAGAUUGCAAACUCUUACUGCAGGACAAGUCUCGCAGCCUUGCUGUACACUCUACGCAGGCACUGCUGAAUAUGGAUGAUGACAUUAUAGUGGCUCAUGUAGGUUCCCAUCUGACCAUUGCCCAUUUGUCAGCGCUGAUGGUUCACAGUGUGUCCACAAUUUUUGUCUGUGGUGUAAAAUGUUCAGCAAAAGCAGCUGAACUGAGCAACUUGUUCAGUGUGAUAAAUGAUUUAGCCUCAAACAAUGUUCAGUUGUUUGCUGAAGACUUUACUGAGAUUGAACCAACAGACCCAAGACUUGAAAAGACAAAAGUUAUUUUGCUGCUGCCGCAGUGCUCUGGGCUGGGCGUUGGCAAUCCAGUAGACUUUAUUGUGAAUGAACACAGAGAUACAGGAUUGCUGAGAGAUCUUUUCCAAGGAUCUGUACCUAAGGACAAACUCAGUAUUCUUGCUGAGAAACAGCUUAAGGAAUUGAUGCAUGCAAUGAAAUUUAAGUGUGCUGCUAUUGUUUACUGUACUUGCUCAGUUUACCCAGAAGAAAAUGAAGUAGUAGUGAAAAAAGCACUGGAAUCUGGAGUAGAAGGAAAUAAAGUACAACCAUAUAGGCUUAUUCCUCCUGUUUUUCCUGCUUGCUCUGACUCAAAUGCUUACACUGAAACUUUUUUCAAAAUGGAACCAUCAGAAGUCUCCAGUGGCUGUUUUCUAGCUGUUCUAGCAAGAGAGGAAGAGUCUUCUGACUCUGUUAGAGACAUUUUGGAUCGUGCUGCAGCAAAGGGACUACUAGACGGCACUGUAGAAAAAUCAAAGAAAAAGGGGAAAAAGCAGAAAGCAACACAACGUAGACAUCAUAUUACUCGUAGUGGUAUAAAGCCAAAGACUGCAGCGUUCCUUCAUCACCAAACUGUAUAUCGUGCUAAGGAGGAAGUUUCCAUGUCUACAGCAGUCAGUAGCAUACAACAAAAGGCUGUGAUCUGAACCAAUGGCUACGUUCAGCUGCAGAAAGCCAUCAGCCCCCUUUCAGACACAGCUCGGCCUGAAGUGCUGAAGCACCCGCUUCAGUUGUCACCUACGGGCAAGGUGUACCAAAGACAGAUGCCUGCUAGGAAGGCGUGCACACAACGCAAGAGGAUGACGUUGAAGACCAUGGAAAUUGUUUUUCCUCCAGGGGUAAGGCCAUAUGGAGUUUUGCAAAGAAAAAACUCAUCAUCACUUUCAUGGCUGGACUGA